AAGGAACAUCCUUUUAGAUAUUGUGAGAGGGGUACCCAUGAAGAACUGAAAAUCAAGAAUUCAAAUUUCCAUUAACAAUGAACAGUUGUUGGAUUUCUCCUUCCUAUUUCCCACAAAUUAAAGCUUCAAUUUUGGAACCCAAAACCAAAAUUCAACCAAUUAGCUCAAAACCAGAUUUCUCAACUGAAAAAAUUGAAUCUUUUUUGCCCUUUAAUGUGAAAUCCAUCACUAGUACUUCAAACCCUUUUGUCAAACACUGCCUUAAGCUUCGCCAGAACUCCUCUUAUCGCCAUUCUCAUGGUUCUGUACUUGUUGUCGGUUCUACCCCUAUUAGGGAAAUAUAUAGUUUUCAAGAAAGAGUACCAGAGAGGCCUAUUACAUUAGACUGCCUACUCGUGCUUGAUGAAGCUCAUAUACAUGAUGACCUAAAUCUUCAAUCAGUUCGCCUUGUCCGCAUCAGCUCAAUGGUGAUGAAGAAACUCUCUGGUUUACAGUCGAUUGAUUCUAUUGAAAUGAUUGCGUUAAUGAAAAUUCCCUCAACAUUUCACAGUGUUGAUGAUGAAUUCCUAGAAGAAGAUUGCAGUACAUGGUUCAAGAAUGCUCAUCGAGUUCUAGUUCUUGAUGGAAUCCAGGAUCCUGGUAAUCUUGGCACAUUACUUAGAUCGGCGAUGGCAUUUGGAUGGGGUGGUGCCUUUCUGCUUCCUGGCUGUUGUGAUCCAUUCAACGAGAAGGCGCUUAGAGCUAGUCGAGGAGCUUCCUUUCAACUCCCAUUAGUCUCCGGCGAUUGGCUCCACUUGGAUGCUCUUAGAAACCAUUAUAACAUGAAAAUUCUGGCCGCUCAUCCUGCAAACGAUCAAAAGCCAAGGAGAAUUUCCAGGCUCACCCGCGACUUUACAGAUUCGUUAGCAGAUAAGCCUCUGUGUUUGGUUUUGGGCAGCGAAGGAGGUGGCCUUUCCGAGAGAGCCAAGGAUUCAAGUGAGCUUGUGAGUAUUCCGAUGACCGGAGAAUUCGAGUCUCUUAACGUUUCAGUUGCUGGUGGAAUAUUGUUGUACAUGUUACAACCUGAAAAUCAUAAAGAUUUAAGCUCUGGUUGAA